AUGGAAAAGUACCUUUUGUUGUCGAUAUAUGGCUGCAUCAUACGGUAUGCUGUGAACGAGGCCAAUAACGAGGACGACUUCGACAGGCGACUUGAGUUCGCCGAGUUGAUGCUGACCAAGUUUCAGGAGAACCCUGACCUUAUCCGGAAUAUUGUCUGGAUUGAUGAGGCCAAAUUUCACACAUCAGGAUCGGUCAACAGAUACAACAGCGUGUUUUGGCGGCCAGAGAACCCCAGUGCCACCAUUGAAUACGUUUUCCAGUCCCCGGGAGUGAUGGUAUGGGGUGGUGUGACGUACAAAGGACUGAUUAGCCCGUUCUUCCUUGAAGGUUGCGUCUCGGGGGAAACCUACCUAAAGCUGCUGAGGGAAAGUGUCAUCCCAGAACUUCAGAGGAGAGAGAACUUUGAUGAACUGUUGUGGCAGCAAGAUGGAGCCCCAACACACUUCGCCAAUAAUGUUCGGGCGUUCUUGCAUCAAGUUUUUCCUCAACGCUGGAUUGGCCGUCGAGGGCCUGUGGUGUGGCCAGCCCGAUCACCCGACAUCACCCCACCAGACUUUUUCCUUUGGGGUCUUCUACGAACUCUCAAGUAUUCCCAAUACUCUCCAAAUACUCCAUUCUCAAUACUCAACACUGCUCGUAACUGCUCUUAA